AUGACAAAGGUUGCCAUCAUUUACUACUCAACGUUUGGCCACAUUGCCAAGAUGGCCGAGUCCAUCAAGUCCGGCGUCGAGUCGGUUGCUGGCGUCACUGCGGACGUGUACCAAGUCCAAGAGACGCUGCCGGAAGAGGUGCUGGGCAAGAUGCACGCUCCACCAAAGCAGGACCACGCCGUGGCCACGCCCGACGUCCUCAAGAACGCCGAUGGCGUGCUGCUGGGCAUCCCCACGCGCUUUGGCAGCAUGCCGGCGCAAGUCAAGGCCCUGUUUGACGCCUGUGGCGGUCUCUGGGCGGCUGGUGCACUCGUGGGCAAACCCGCGGGCAUUUUCUUUAGCACUAGUACACAAGGAGGCGGGCAGGAGACCACGGCGUUCACGACCGUGACGUUCCUCACCCAUCAAGGCAUGACGUUCGUGCCCCUUGGCUACCGCAGCCCGCUGCUGUUCAACAUGGACGAGAUCCACGGCGGGUCUCCGUGGGGCGCUGGCGCUUUGGCGGGCAGUGACGGCGCUCGCCAGCCGAGUCAGCUCGAACACGACGUGGCCAAGGUCCAGGGCGAGUCGUUUGCCCACGUGGCCAAGAAACUCGCAUCGGCGUAG